CGCCGUGUUCAGACACGUGGAAACCCCAAUCUGGAAGCCAUUACGUAUUGCAAACGACAAGCUUGUUUACGAUCUGAAACAAACGUAUCGUCCACUUGAAUCUGGAAGAAAGACCCGCAAACUUCUGAACAGUGAAUCUACGAUCUCUUUGGUAUACUUUUGUGUCUCCCACAACAGGAACAAUGUCGGAGGAUUUUGAUGUCGAGGCAAUGUUGGAGGCUCCUUUCAAUAAAGAGGGAGAAAGAAAAGGAAGUGGAUCUCAUGAAGACAAGAAAAGAAAGAAGAGGAGCCCAAGUAAAAGCCGUGACAGAAAAAGAGAUCGAGAUAGAGAUCGCGAUAAGAAACGAAAAGGCGGUGAACUCCGGAGCAAGAGUCGAGAUAAACGGAGCAGAAGCAGGGAUCGAGAUCGUCGACGUCGAAGCAAGGAAAAAGAAAGACGUAGAAGUAAAUCUCCAAUCAGGAAGAGACGCAGUCGAUCAAAAGAAAGACGUCGACCAAGAAGUAUUAGCAAGAGUCCAGUCAGAGAGACCCUCCCUGAGUUGACUCCAGAAGAAAGGGAUGCUCGGACAAUAUUUUGUAUGCAGCUGUCGGCGAGAAUUAGACCAAGAGACCUGGAAGAAUUUUUCUCUUCGGUUGGAAAGGUCCGAGAUGUACGUCUUAUUACAGACAACAAGACUCGGCGGUCAAAGGGCAUUGCGUAUGUGGAGUUUGCAGAAACUGAUUCAGUGCCUCUCGCAAUGGGUCUUAACAAUCAAAAGCUUCUGGGUGUUCCAAUCAUUGUACAGAGUUCUCAGGCAGAGAAGAACCGGACUGCCAGCAGCACUAGCUUAUUACAGAAGGGUACAUCAGGUCCCAUGAGGCUCUAUGUUGGCUCUCUUCAUUUCAACAUUACUGAAGAUAUGUUGAGGGGCAUCUUUGCUCCAUUUGGUGAGAUUGAUGACAUCAAAUUAAUUCGGGAUCAUGAAACUGGACGUUCGCAAGGUUAUGGUUUCAUGUCGUUUACUGAUGCAGAAGAUGCAAAGAAGGCACUUGAACAGUUGAAUGGGUUUGAGCUUGCUGGUCGACCAAUGAAAGUAGGCCAUGUUACAGAAAGAACAGCAGAGAGUCAGGGAGCAUCGAUACUUGACAGCGAUGAGAUGGAUCGGGCUGGUAUUGACCUCGGGGCCACAGGCAGACUCCAACUUAUGGCCAAGCUUGCUGAGGGUACGGUCUUCCAGAUCCCUCAGUAUGCAGCUAAUGCACUCAAUCAAGCUGGCACUGCACCAGGUGCAACCCUGACUGCAGCUGUGGCCAAUGCCACAGGCUCGGCAGCACCAACAACACCAGCUCCAGCAGCAGGGAGUGGGGCCCCUCCUAUAGCAACACAGUGCUUCAUGCUUUCCAACAUGUUUGAUCCUAACACUGAGACACGAAGCAGCUGGGAUCAAGAGAUCCGAGACGAUGUGAUAGAAGAAUGUAAUAAACACGGAGGAGUAUUGCAUAUUUAUGUGGACAAGGCUUCACCACAGGGCAAUGUUUACGUCAAGUGUCCAAGUAUUGCUGCUGCUGUUGCAUCAGUCAAUUCCCUUCAUGGAAGGUACUUUGCUGGUAGGUAUUUCAAAUAUUUUGCAUCCCCCUCAUAAAUUGCAUUGCUCCUU